AUGGUUUCAUCCAAAGCGUCGACACCUCAGGCAGAGGUGGACCAUCCUGCCGAAAAUCUACGAAUUGGCACACCAAAUGAAAGAUCUGCACUCAGCAAAUUGACCCCCAUUACCCUUCCGAAUGACGACUUAGUUCUUUCACUCCAGAAGCAGUAUCCAAAGGACGAACGGUGGAAAACCUUCCGUAAUGACUAUCAAUAUAUAUAUGUAAUGAACUGGAUGCACCAGUGCCGCGGAUAUGUCCGUUUAGGUGGCGAGUUAUUUGACGUGGACUUGUUUGAGAUUGAGCUCUUUAAUUUGGUUUAUCCUCCUCCAUUGGAUGACAUGCAUCUCCUUCUCCAUAAAGCACGUCUUGCGCUUCUUAGUAAAGUCAAUGGGAAGAAGGUCGAGUCUUUGGUACUUUUUGAGCAACUAUUCCGUUUAUACUUUGGUGUUGAGACACCGUUGGGCGGUUCAGAGGACGACGAGACGCUGCUGGACAAUUCCGUCUUGUUCGACGACCUUUUUAUCGACCAGAAAAUCGAGAUUUUGUAUUUGCUCAUGUCGGAAGUGUCGCUGUACUCCGACUUUCGUGACUUCAUUGAGAGAUCAAAAAUUUCACCUGAAAUGGCACGCCCACUACAGCUAUUUCGAGCAGUGGAUCCCCAAAAACCUAGCCAUCUGGAAGAGUAUGUUUUGGUUUUCGAUGGAACUGCUGUUUAUAAGCGCGUGGUGGUUGCGCCUUCUUUAGUGAUUCCUAAAAAAAGACGAUUGUGUCCGGAGGAUCCUGAGGAAGCUUUCGGUGAGGAGGCAUUCGAUGCUGAGAAAAUUACCUACGAACUUGUGUACAAAAGCAUAUUCGAUUUGGAUGCUUUCAUCGAGGAGCUCAAGGUGAACCGCAAUAAAAAGAAGAACCGCCUGAUAUUGGAGGUGAUCAAAAAGCCAGCUGCCGUUUCUAAUGUUUUCGAAUACGAAAAUAGAAAGAGACGCAUUUUGAUGUCUAGACGUAAAGAGAAUGAAAUGGCUCGUCUUUUGGCUACAAGAAAGAAGUCUUCUCGUCUAGAAGCUAAGGUCAAGCAGAGAAAUGAAGAAGAGCAGGAGAGGAAACUCCGCGAACUCGAAGACCUGCAAUACUCAACUAGUCGUCGGUCUCAGAGAAAUUAUCACAUUCUCGAGAACAAGCUCAAAUCUGAUUUUACUGCUGGACUUUCUCGAGGCGAGAGAUUGAAUCUUCGAAAAGGCGCAAAUUUCGGAGAUGAGGAGCUUGUUGACUUUUCCCCUUCUAGAGCUUUGACUGUUGAAAUUGAGGAUCCUGAAGAUGCCAAUACUUCUCAUGCCGUGCCGUCGAAUGAUAUCGAAGUAACAGUGCCAACUAUCCAAUGUGACGCUUUGCCUCAAAAUCCUGACUUCGAGAAAACAAACACCAAUGAUGUCAAAAUAACCCAGGAUCUCAAAAGCCUGUCAGCAAUCCAUGAUACCAACAAUGGGCAUUCAAUUGUUACUCAGAUCACUCCAAACUCCACCCUGAAUGGAAUCUCUCAGGAUGGCGCUAACUAA